AUGGCCGCCAUCAACAUAUCAGUCGUCGAAUCUCACCGCCUUAGCAUUGCCGCCUCACACGAACAAACUAUUCCUUUAUCUCUCCUCGACAGCACAACCGCCAACUUCUCCAAUGCUAGCGCCAUAUGGCUCUUUCAAAAACCCGCUCGCGAUAACUUCAAUUUGGCCUACCACCUACGUGAAUCUCUGGUUCGGACUCUUUGGUUCUAUCCGCAAUGGGGCGGCCAUCUGAAGGCUGUCAAAUCAACAGAUGGCACUGUUCCGCCAGAAGCAAAGUCGUUUCCGCCUCAUGCUCGACGGUUCGGACGUCUCUAUGCGCAUUAUGGAACCGAUAAUGAUCCUGGCGUGGAGUUUGUUCAUGCCAAAUGCGAUGCUACACUUGAGUCUUUAUAUCCCGCAGAUAGGAUAUCUGAGCAAUAUUUCUGGAAGUGCGACUCCAGUGUCUUUCAGAAGUUCAUGGCGCCGGUCACGAUUGCUCAGCCACUGAAGGAUGUCGUGGAGGACGAUAAUGGGCAAUUUUUUCCUCUUCUCGCCAUUCAAAUCACCGAAUUGUCUUGCGGCGGCUUUGUCCUUGCUUUCAAUGGAGCGCAUCCUCUCGCAGACGCCACGACUCUUCUCGCUUUUCUCAAACACUGGGCUCAAGAAAGUCGCGAAGGUUUUGGAAAGGCUCUGCCUAGCUCAACACCACUCUUCAACCCUCUUCUCAUCGACAACCAAGCGAGUGGAGACAUAGAUGCCGACGAACCAAACCUGGAUAUCAUACAGCGAGCGAGAAGUUUACCAAUGCAUAGAUUUGACUGGUGGCAUCCAGACUCAACGCCCCCUUGGCCGUUCAAGAUCCCCUCACCUUUUGACGAACAGGACCUUGAGCCCGUCGGCAAACCAAUGCCAUGGGCCGAGUGGAAUGUUGCCAGGCCCGUUUCAAACUACGUUGUUCACCUGAGUCAAACGCAGGUGAUACGUCUUUGGAAAAGGGCGAACGAGAACUCGUUACAGAAGCUAAGUCAACACGAUGCAAUUCUAUCUCACAUUUGGUCCUGCAUCGCUCGCGCUCGUGGCCUCGAAAACGACACAGAUCCAAUUCAUUGCGAUCUAGUCUACGGCGUCCGCUCGUCCUUUCAACUCGAAAAUGACUUCCUGGGAUCACCAGUCGUGAUGAUGAAUAUUGAACUCCCAGCCUCAGAAGUUACCAACCCAUCCAGCAUAACUACAGUGGCAACUCAAGUCCGCAACACACUCAAGACGAUCUCUGACCCCUCCAACAUGGCCACUCAUCUGCACAGCCUAGCUUUUGAAAAGUCUCCUCAACGAAUAUGGCAAGCAUUCUUGGGUAGGCGGCAUAUCUUGGUGACGACCUGGGCGCGAGCAGGGAUAUAUGAUAUCGACUUUGGGGUUGAAUCCACGUGUCGUUAUGCUGAGGGUGUCGUCCCGGAAAUGGAUGGAAAUGUGUUGAUAAAAGAAGCACCUGGUCCUCCGGCGAAGUAUUGGACUGACAAUGGGGUUGAUGUCUCUAUCCACAUCAGGACAGAAGAUAUGCAGCGGCUUAUCAGGGAUCCGCUCCUGUUUCCCGUCGAUGCUUGAACUCAGAACAUUUUUAUACUCAGACAGU